AUGCCCCCCGCCAAGCGGGCCAGGGCCGACGGGGAGGCCGAAGCAGGGGAGUCCGAGGAGCUGGAGAAGGACGCGCCUCCGAGGGGAAGGGGCCCCUUCCUCGACAGGCCCGUGGGCUUCGACCCCGCGGGCUGUUCGCUCAACGUGCUGUCCAUGGUGGGAGGUGUCCUGAUGAGCUUGUCGGACGGCGGCACGCAGUUCCUCAUCGGCGGCGCCCGCGCCAACGUGGGCCUCAAGGCGGGUCGCUACAUGUACGAGGUGAAGGUGGUGGAAAUGCUGCAGCCAGAUGAGGGCAAACAGUACGGCCAGAAUCCGCGAUCCCCGAAGCCAAAGCAGGUGCUCCGCGUGGGCUUCUCCACGUCGGCGUCGUCUCUUAUCCUCGGUGAUGGGGCUGGCGGCGUCGGCUUCGAUGCGGACGGCUCCCUCAUGAGCGACGAAGAAGACGCUGAAACCCGGGAGCAAGUUCGGGCGCGAGCAGGUCGUCGGCGUGCUCCUUAA